AUGUCAAAUAAUGACACAUUUUCCAACAUAAAAAAGACUUUAUCUGUUACAGCGUCAUCGUUCUUAAACUCGCGUAAUGUAUCUGAUACAAUACUUUCAUCCAAUGGGCCAUAUGAGACACUUCUUAAGAAUACAUUAGCAAAUGAUACUUUUAACGGAAAAUCAUUAUCCAAACUGAAGGGAAAAAAAUUAAAAUUCCAUAUUGGAGAGAGUGAAACAUUUCAGGAUAUUUAUUCAGCAAGAAAUGGUGAGAAAUAUUUCAAUAACGAUUAUACAGAUAAAAGAAAUACUUUUCGGAUAUUGAGCUACAUUAACGAUGACCUCCUUCAUGAUAUUGGCCAAGUUUCUUCUAGCUCUUCUAAUCAUAAUAGGUUGCUCCGCAAUACACCUGAUAAAGAAAGUCCGAAUGUUGGUUUAAGUAAUACAGAUAAUCCCUCACUAUUUGAAGGGUUUAAAGUGACAGUGAACACUAAUGCCACAUUAUACAAGGAUAUCAACACUGAUAAUACGAAGUCCGAUCCAAAACUAUUGGGAGGUAAGGUCGGUAGUAACAGCUUAACAUCUAUGGCACCAGAACAAAAUUCAUUCCCAAGUUUAAUUGAUAUAAAGGAUUCUACUUCUUUGGCAUUUCUCACCAAAUCUUUUAAUGAUUUACUAAAAAACGUGGAAGAUUUAGAGAUUAAGAAGCAACUUUCAGCUUCUGAGGUUAAUGAGUUAGAUUCUCAGAUAGAACAUCUAAAGGUGAGAAGAGAACUGAUGUUUAACAGAAUAGUGACUCUGGAAGAAAAUCAGUUUCUUGCGGAAAAUAAACUUAGUUUAUUAAAAGAUAGAAUCGAGACAAUAAAAGGAUCAGAAAAUUUGGUUGAUUCUGCUGAAGAUACUUAUGUAAAGUGUGCCUUAUCGGAAGACAUAAAUUCAGACGUUGAAGCUGUCCAGAUGAAAAGAAAUAAAUUACGACCCAAAAUGGGGGCUGCAUUUGAGGAGUCUGGUAUUGACAAAACUCAAUCCUACGUUGAAGAUACGUCAGUUCUAGAUGAUAAAAAUCUUACAAAGGAACGUGGCUUCACUCCACUACAGGCUUUUUUUCAACCAAAAAAUAUGAAGUUCAGAAAAACGCAACCAACACUACAACAAUACUAUCCGACAGGGACUAAAAUUCAUACUCUUCAAAAAUGUCAUGAAAGUAGUAUCAAUUGUCUUGAUUUUGAUGUUCCUUUUGGAGUAUUAUGUUCGACCGGAUAUAAUGACUACACGAUUAAGAUAUGGGAUCUCUCUAGAUACAAAGAAAUGGGAAGAUUGGAGGGACAUACAGACCUAAUUAGCUGUAUGGAAAUGAAUUCCAAAUAUAGUAUGUUGAUAACAGGUAGUAAGGAUUCGACGCUGAAAUUAUGGGAUAUAGAUGCAGCUACUCAACCUUAUGUUAUACGUGAUAAGAACGAUUCGGACCCAUUAGAUUUAACCAAUGCAUCUUGUUGUGUGCAUACAUUUGAAGCGCAUGUUGACGAAGUUACUUGUUUGUCUAUAAAUUCCAAUACUUUAGUAACCGGGUCCCAAGAUAGGACUGUGCGAAUUUGGGAUCUAAUGACAGGUAAUUGUGUUCAGACUUUGGAUAUGAAUUUCUCUACCAUUCCUCUACAGCCUUCAUCUACUCCGGAUAUAGGAUUAGGUAGUGGUUCCUCAAAUAGUGAAUCUAUUACUAGCUUUCCUGUCACUGGUGCUUUGCAGGCUUUCGAUGUUGCAUUGGCCACGGGUACAGUUGAUGGAUUGGUUAGAUUAUGGGAUUUAAGAUCAGGAGAAGUUAUUAGGACAUUAAAGGGUCAUUCUAAUGCCAUUACGUGCCUAAAGUUUGAUACGACAAACAUUAUAACUGGGUCUGCAGAUAAAAGUGUUAAAACAUGGGAUUUACGGACAGGUGGAAUGGUAGAUUCAUUCACAUUUGGUUCAUUCAUUAGGUCUCUAGAUUUUGAUAAAAGCAAGAUUAUUGUCGCCACGGAAGAGAACACUGUAAAAGUUUUUGAUAGAAAAGAACAAAAACAUUGGUGUUGUGAUGAUCCCAACGACGAGUUGUCCUUAGUAGAAAGUUUAAAGUACAAGGACGGGUAUUUAGUCGAGGGAAGAAAUAGCGGAGAUGUUAAUGUAUGGGCUUUGUGA